CAUUUGCAUCAAUGUUAUAAGUAGACUGUAAAAAGCCACCGUCAGUUCAGCGACUCCCGUGACUCAUAAAACUUCUAAAUCAUGGCUUCGUAUUUAUCACUCGGUCCCAUCUCUCCCUCUCUCUACUCCAAGUGAAAAACUCAAGUUUCUAUAUAACCAACCACCUUCUUUCUUCCUAGCUUAAAGGGGUUGGAGCUAACGCCAACACAGCUGAAGAGGUUCCUUGUUUUAAGGCAACUAAAACUGAGAAAGUGAGGUGGGGUUUGCUUUUUACCCUACUAGAAAGUUUGGCUGUGCAGCUAAAGCUUUGAACUGAGCGUCCAUGGAAGGGUUUGAGAGGUUCGGUAAGAAGAGGGUGAUGGUGGUGGUGGAUCAUUCAUCGCAGUCCAAGCAUGCUAUGCUGUGGGCUCUAACUCAUGUGGCUAAUAAGGGUGAUUUGUUCACUCUUCUUCACAUUGUUUCUCACUCAAACAAGCUCUCCGAAACUCCUGAUUCUUCUUCUUUUCUUGCUAACUCUCUUGGCUACCUCUGCAAAGCUUCUAGACCUGAGGUGGAAGUUGAGGCACUGGUGAUUCAAGGCCCAAAACUAGAGACAAUAUUGAGCCAAGUGAAGAAGCUUGAGGCAUCUGUUUUGGUGGUGCCCCAGAAAAAGCCUUCUCUGUUUGGGUGCUUCUGUGGGACCAGCAGCUCAGAGCAGCUUGUAGAACAGUGCAUCAGCCAUGCAGAUUGCUGUACAAUUGGGGUUAGAAAACAGACCUAUGGGAUGGGCGGUUACCUUAUCAACACCAGGUGGCAGAAGAACUUCUGGCUUCUUGCUUAGUUCUCUAGCUUUUACAGAAAAAAAAAAAAAAAAAAUCACUGAACUAAAAUCUCAUGUUUAACCUGUCAUCAUCCAUCAUGUUAGCUCUAAUCUUAAUCUCAACUCUGUAACUAAAAGCUACUCAAGCUUAGAUGCCUUUCACAUUGUUGAACAUUUCAUCAAAGUCGAAUGAAUGCCUUCUUCCAUGAGCAUUUUAA